UGUGUUUCGAGAGAGAGACAGGGUUGUCCCGGACCGUAACGAUGAAGCACUGCAUGCUAUUGUCGCUGUUGUUGGCGCUGGGGUGCAUCCACGGUGCCCCGGUGGCACCGGACGGCAUGGAGUCGGGGUCGUGUGAAGACGCGUCGGCGAAGGGAGCUGCGGAACUUGCUCUGACCAAGAUCAACCAGGACCGGAAGGAGGGCUACAUCUUCGCCCUGCACCGUCUGUCCAACGUGCACAUGACCAAGCAUGGCGAGAACGGCAUGGUUUUCUACCUGACUCUGGAUAUUGUGGAGACCAGGUGCAGCGUACUCAGCAAGAAGGACUGGAAGGCCUGUGAGGCUCGUCCCACCAGCAACACGCCGGUAUAUGGACAGUGCAAAGCUGCCAUCUUCAUCAGUAGGGUGAACAGAGUGGUGCGUCUCUACAAGUACAACUGUGUUGCCAGACCAGUCCCUUCAGUCAGGGUGCACAGGUUGUGUCCCGACUGUCCCAAUAUUUUGGGCGCGGAUAACGAUGACAUCCAGAAGGCUGUGUCUCUCUCGCUGGCGAAGUUCAACAAAGAGGGUGGAAUGUCCAAACGUUUCGCUCUGCUCAAAGUCACCCGUGCUAGCGCUGGGAUGGCCAUGUCGAUGUAUUACAAUGCAGAGUACACCAUCCAGGAGACUGUCUGUAACAGUGAUGCAGGAGCAGCUGAUCUGUGCCCCUUCUUGGAAUGCGAGUUCACUCACUACGGCUUCUGUAAGGCAUCCCUGUUCUCCUCUCCCUCUGAUAUUGAGGAGACCAGUGUAGAUUGUGAGAUCUAUGAGCCCGAGGCUUCUGAGAGAGAGAAGAAACUCCACCUGUUGGCCGAAGCGGCCGACCACAAGCACCUUGACACGCACGCACACAACCACACCCACGACGACGCGGCGCACGCACACGACCACGCCCACGACCACACCAAGAGACACGCUCACCACGACGACACCCAGAAGCACGCCGCCGACAGCGACCACCACCACACGCACGACCACGCGGCGGGCAGCGGCCACAGGCACGCCCACGACCACUCCCACGACCACGGACAUGGCCACGAUCACGUGCACGCCCAUCACGCCAAGGCGCACAACCACACCAGCGACGCUCCCCACCAGCACCACAACUACAAGCACGCCGACGGCGUGCACACCCACGAGCACGACCACGAGCUGGCCCUCGAUCACGACCACAUGCACCCUCACCUGCACGACCACGAGCACCACCACCAUCACCACGAUCACACCCACGAGACCGACUCCCACGACCACCCAGAGGGCACCGUGAGGUUCCUGCCCGCCAUGGACCAGCCCAUGACCCUGCCGGCCUUCCCCGAAGUCCCCGUCGGUGGCCGAGGGGCUGGAGUCGUCCUGCCCCUCAAGGAAGACCCCCAGAUCCCCGGACAGAUGGAGCCCACCAUCGAGGCUUUCCCCGUGGCCGUCUCAGCCAAUUGCGUCCCUGCAGCGGCAGGAGUAACCCUGGUGGACGAGCUCUUCGCUGAGGACCCCAUGUUCAAGGCCGCCGCAUAAGGUGGCUCAUGACGCUCUAUUGGGAACUGAAUGGAUCCGAACACACGUGAACACAGACUGAAGUGAAGACAGGAACAUAUUUACAGUAACACUUUUGCUUCAGACACGUUGAUGGACAAUCUGCUUCCAAGGGGCCACAACGGUUCGACAUAAACACAAACCCUCCGGUCUCUGUUGCCUUCCACCUUCUAAUAAAGGUUGAGUGCAUGCGAAAAAACGACAUUAUAAUAAAAAAUUAAAAAAAUCA